CUCCCCUCAGGCGGUAGGGGGCGCGCACCGCGGCACCUCGGUGGGCCUGGCUCCUUUUGGGGCCUGCGCGGCCCUACCCCUGUGUGACUGCGAGGAAGAUGAAGAAAGUAGCCGAGCCUGAGGGGCGGCUGUGACUCCCUGGCCGAGGUCCUUGCCGCUUUCGCCGCCGGGAGCGUCCCUCCUCUUGGGGUUCCGUGCGUCGGAGCGCCCCAGUGGCCUGGCCCCGCCGGUGGAAUGGUCGCCGAGGCCCACGGCGGCGGGCGUCCGCGCGCCCCGUAAACGGACGGGGGGAGGCUUGAGGGACCUCCGCCCCCACGCCAGGCGAGAAAGCCCCCGGCACGGUGAGGAGCAGGCAAAUGUGCAAUACCAACAUGUCUGUGUCUACUGACGGUGCUGUAAGCACCUCACAGAUUCCAGCUUCGGAACAAGAGACCCUGGUUAGACCAAAGCCAUUGCUUUUGAAGUUGUUAAAGUCUGUUGGUGCACAAAAAGACACUUACACCAUGAAAGAGGUUAUAUUUUAUCUUGGCCAGUACAUUAUGACUAAACGAUUGUAUGAUGAGAAGCAACAACAUAUUGUGUAUUGUUCAAAUGAUCUUCUUGGAGAUUUGUUUGGAGUGCCAAGCUUCUCUGUGAAAGAGCACAGGAAAAUAUAUACAAUGAUCUACAGAAACUUGGUAGUAGUCAAUCAGCAGGAACCAUCAGAUUCAAGUACAUCUGUGAGUGAGAACAGGUGUCACCUUGAAGGUGGGAAUGAUCAAAAGGACCCUGAUCAGGAGCUGCAGGAAGAGAAACCUUCGUCUUCAAGCUUGGUUUCUAGACCAUCUACCUCAUCCAGAAGGAGAGCAAUUAGUGAGACAGAAGAAAAUUCAGAUGAAUUAUCUGAACGCCAAAGAAAGCGCCACAAAUCAGAUAGUAUUUCCCUGUCCUUUGAUGAAAGCCUGGCUCUGUGUGUAAUAAGGGAGAUAUGUUGUGAAAGAAGCAGUGGCAGUGAAUCGACAGAGACGCCAUCAAACCUGGAUCUUGAUGAUGGUGUAAGUGAACAUUCAGGUGACUGGCUGGAUCAGGAUUCAGUUUCUGAUCAGUUUAGUGUAGAAUUUGAAGUUGAAUCUCUAGAUUCAGAAGAUUAUAGCCUUAGUGAAGAAGGACAAGAACUCUCAGAUGAAGAUGAUGAGGUAUAUCGAGUUACUGUGUAUCAGGCAGGAGAGAGUGAUACAGAUUCAUUUGAAGAAGAUCCUGAAAUUUCCUUAGCUGACUAUUGGAAAUGUACUUCAUGCAAUGAAAUGAAUCCUCCCCUUCCACCACAUUGCAACAGAUGUUGGGCCCUCCGUGAGAAUUGGCUUCCUGAAGAUAAGGGGAAAGACAAAGGGGGAAUCCCUGAGAAAGCCAAACUAGAAAACUCGACACACUCGGAAGAAGGCUUUGAUGUUCCUGAUUGUAAAAAAACUACAGCAGAUGAUUCCCAAGAAGCCUGUGUUGAGGAAAAUGAUGAUAAAAGCACACAAGCCUCUCAAUCACAAGAAAGUGAGGACUUCUCUCAGCCAUCAACUUCUAAUAGCAUUAUUUAUAGCAGUCAAGAAGAUGUCAAAGAGUUUGAGAGAGAAGAAACACAAGACAAAGAAGAAAGUACGGAAUCUAAUAUUCCCCUUAAUGCCAUUGAACCUUGUGUGAUCUGCCAGGGUCGACCUAAAAAUGGUUGCAUUGUUCAUGGCAAAACAGGACACCUAAUGUCAUGUUUCACAUGUGCCAAAAAACUAAAGAAAAGGAAUAAGCCCUGCCCAGUAUGUAGACAACCAAUUCAAAUGAUUGUGCUAACUUAUUUCAACUAAUUUACCUGUCCAUAGAAAUGGAAUUAUAUAUUUCUAACUAUAAAGUCCUAAAAAUUUAGACAACAUGGAUCUAUUUUUAUUUACAUAUAUCAAAGUGAGGCAUUGUCCUAGUCCACCUAGAUUGCCCUUUUACAGUGUAAUUUAACUUUGGGAGGGGCAAAGUGAAUAUUUACUUUUCAAAGGAAAAUUUCACUUGGGUUGUAAUAUGAUUUGUGUUGGAUAAAUGACUAUAGCUCAUCCUUUACCCUUACUCUUGACUUUAAAUAGUUGCAGUGCCACUUUCUUCUAAAUGUAAAUGAUAAGUAUUGGAUUUAAAAAAAUACAUAUAAAUAGGACAUUGAAAUGUAAAUUUAGUAUCUUUUGUGUAAGGGGAGAAAAUAUUUGUGAAAGAGUUAAUAUUUAAGUUUUGGAUACUGUUAAAUUGUCUGAGCCUUAGUUUUUCUACUCUCAGAGCUUAAAAUACUUUUUUCAGAUAAAGAAGUUGGUAGCUAUAUUUGGUGCUCUGUAAGUGAAAACUGUACUGAUUCUUUAAGUCUUUUCAGUGUGAACAUAUGGUAAGGAGUAGUUGUGGUAUGAUGUUAGUUGAGAAAAUAGCCAUCAUUUACCCACACGCAAAACCUUUCCAAGCCUCCCUAGUAAACUCGGAUUGUUCUGGGUAGGCAGGUAUACUAGGCCUUUUCCACACUCUCGGAAUUUAGUGGACUCUCUUGUUUCCUCUAAGUUGGAAAGAAUUCUGAGACACUUUGAUCUUCUUGGGCUGGGUUACAUGGUUCCUGGUAGUUGCCUAGGUUUCAGACCAGUUUUAGAAACUAAUGAAUUCAGAAAUUUGGUAAACAGAACUAUUCAUUUUAAAACUAGCUGGGAGGAUUGCAACUUACAAGUUAUGCAGAAUUUAUUCAUUCUGUUCCUUCUAAGAAUGACAGGGUCAGAACACGGGGAUUAGGAAAUUCUCUCAAACUGUAGAUUAAUUUAUUAUGGUUAAGUAUGAGUCUUCACCAAAUACUGAAAAUAACUAUUGACUUAAGAUAGUUGACAGUUGUGCAGAUUCAGAUGAGGGCUAUAAAACCAACUGAACUAACUAAAUUUUAGAACUGAGGGAUAAUUUAUGUAGCUGAUUACUAACAGAACAUUGUUGGUAUAAGCUUUAUAAGCAAAGGUCACAUCAAUCAUGAUUACAUGUGCAUAUCUAGGUAGGAAGCGAUUGACUGGCAGUACUUUAUCUUUGGUCCUCAAAUACCACGAAGCUUUAUUAAUUUGUGAUUUGUAAUUUUUCAGCUAGAGCUAUAUACAUUGAUUCUGAAAGUUGGUAGUACAUAUGAGAUGAUAGAUGGUGUAUGCAACAGUUGCUGUUCACAUAACAUUCAGCUCUGCACAUGGAGUCGUUCUGCGUGCUUCUGGAUUACCAAUGUAGUCUUGAUUGUCUAAAUUUUUAAGUUUCAUGCACAUACAUUAUUUAUUGAUUUAAAAAUAAAUGGCUUAUUAAAUGUUAAGAAUGUUUCAAGAA